AUGAAUGAGGAAAAACUGCGUAGCCUUUUUGCAUCUCUUGCAACUCUAACUCAACAGGGUCCAAUUCCAGUCCAAGCUUACAGCAUGCUUGCAAAACAGCAUUCUGUAGAAGUUCUCGCCGAGCACAUGAGAUUGCGAUGGCUGGCAGAUGGCCGAUUUGGACCACUUGCCGCUAAUAUUCUGAUGCACAUUCACAAAGCUGACACCAAGGACAUUUCGUUGUCGUCAAAUGUGCUUGCUCUGCUCUUAAACGACUAUCGUAAUCGGCUAGAAGUUCGAAAUGAUUCUCGAUUAAUGUUCCGCAACAGUGUAAAGACCCUAUUUGCCAUGUAUCCAGUAUACGUAAAAAUGGAUGAAUGUGUUUCGAAAUGUUUCAUAAAACCCAUGUUCUCGUGUAUCGACUCUCUCAUCGACGACAGCCCCGACACGGACGAUCUCGAGACAGCCGGUAUACUUCUCAGUGAAUAUGGUAAAACCCUUCAUGAUUUGAAUGCAUAUCUUGUUGAAAGGAUAAUUGUCAAAUUGCGAUUGAAAUUAGUGAGCGACGAAGAAUGCGUCACAAAGCAUAUUCGGCAAAUAUUCCUACAUAUAUAUGACCUUUGGGCUUUCGGCUGGAGUGAAUUGAAUGUGCCGGAAUGUCUUUCAACUCUUCAUGCUACCGGAAAACUAUCAAUUGACGGGCCGAUGCGAAAAAACGACAUAAACAAAAAGGAUUUUGGUAGUAAAGAGAGCAUCAUUUGA